ACAGCCACGACAGUUCAGGCCCUGACCAAUAGGAACAGCCGAAUCUUCCGUAAGCCUCGGAGUGGAUAAAGACGAGCGGCCGUGGCGGAGGAACUGAUACGCGAGUCCAACGCGCUGCACUUUUGUUGUUUGUUUUUGUACUGUUGUAGUGUUUAUUUUCCCCACGCGUACUUAAUGAAGGAUGAGAAACCCACUUCCGUGAAGGCUUUUUUUUCCUUCUCCAGUGCACGAGCCGUGACUACUAAAGAACGCGCUAACUUAGGCACGAGCUCAGUUCGGUGUAGCGGACGGAGAGGAGAGGACUGAGCUAGCGAGUCAGUGCUGCUGCUUCCACACAGUUUGACGGAGAGCUGGAUGAAGUGCUGACCCUCUCAGUGAAGAUUACUGGGUGAAAUGGAUCACGGAACUGUUGAAUAGUAUUUGUUGUUGUUGUUGUUUUUUUUUAAAACACAGUUUACUGCAUCCGACUUCUACAGGACAAACUGCUCGAAACUCCAAGCGGAGUUGAAUUACUUCUCUGGAAACACGACAUGGUUUGAGAACAUAACGGAGCAGCAGCUACUCUGAGCCCCUGACAUGGACGUCUGAUUGGCCAGCUCUCGCCUUGAAGCCAAUGGCGAGGCUCGCGCGGUCAGCCCGGGGCGCCGGCUCGUACCCGUGGCCGCUCGCCUGCGCGCUCCUGUUUCUCGGCACUUGUGUGUGCGCGGGCCCGUCGUCGAGUCGCGCGCGGGGCCGUCUCGUGUGCUGGCAGGCUAUUAUGAACUGCCAGGCAGAGCCCGAGUGCCACUACGCAUACGGACAAUACGUACGCGCGUGCGAUCCGGUCUUGAGCGGCCUUCGGCGCUCGUGCCCGAGCCACUGCAUCUCAUCACUUGUGCAACUCAACCAGACUAAGAGUGGCCCUGCGCUGGAGGACUGCAGCUGCGCAGACGACCAAUUGUGUCGCGAAACCAAGCGUGCCAUCGAGCCGUGCCUGCCCAGGACCAGCAGUAUGGGUUGCACGGAGGCGCGGCGGCAGUGCGAGCGAGACGGACCGUGCCGCUCCGCCAUGGGUGACUACCUGCAGCACUGUGGCAAGCUGUUCAGCGGCGCCACGUGCACGAGCGCGUGCCGCGGCGUCAUCGCGCAUAUGCGCCGCCUGCCCAAGGCGCAGCUACUCGACACGUGCGUUUGCGACGGCGCAGAGCGUACCAUUUGCGAAUACGUCAAAGUGAGCAUGAACACGCUGUGCUUCGGCAUGUCGCCCGUGACCGAUAAAGAAGGAUCCGGGGGUUUUAUCGACGAGUACGAUGAUGAAGAUGAUGAUGAGGAUGGAGGGGAUGGUACGGAGAACGACCCGAGGAGCGCGGGGACUUGCGUGCGGUACUUGCGCGCUCUUGCCGUGCUAGCACCCAUCAUGGUAUUAUUACGGUUUUGAUUUAAAAUAAACAUAACGAUACCAGCUCAAUGCAGCGUCCAAUGCAUUAGACUUUUGCUCCCGCCUGAUCUGCAGCCGUUUAAUGUCUCCUUUUCUAAAAGAGUACCAAAUGUAGGCUACUUUUGCGUGACUUCCAAGUCCUUUUAGGGCAUUGCAUCCACCUUUUCAUUAUCUAUGCAAAUGCACUGUUCAUUACCUGAAAUGGACAUCAGGAACCAUGGCACAGUUUCGAUAUUUAUUUCUGAGCAAGAUUUCUACCAGGAUGUGACAAAUAAAGCAAGACUAAGCUCAGUCUGACACUACUGCCUUAAAACGAGACUGCCCACUUAGAAAUGCUACUCUGACAUUGUCAAGCAACACUUGUUGACAGAAAGAGAAAUAUGUAUGUACACCGCACACACGCACACACACACACACAUUAUUUUGUUACCUAGAGAUUUAACAAUGCAAAGAUUUAAGCAGAUAGCUCUGCACUGCCAUCAUACAAUUGCACAGCAAAAUCUCUUAUGUUAAAUAAAUUCAAAACAGUUGGACUUUUAUUGACACUGCAGGUGUUGAUUCAGCGCUGUGGGUGUUAGUUAAACAGCAGGGAUUUUGCUGUGUAGCUGUGUAAGCUAUUUUAUAUAAAGUUGUGAUUGACUGAGAGACUGAAUGAAUAACAUUUCUAUUAGGAAUGCGUUUGGAAAGUAUUCGGCAUGCUGGAAUAAAUAAAAAGAAGAUCGAGCGCUAGAGCAGUCGCUCGAAAGGAUCGAACAACCCAAGCAUUUUCACAGCCUAUAUUUACAUCACAGGAUAGAAAGCAAUAUUUUGUAUCAUAAGAUGUCUAUGAAAAUGAAGAGCGAUUCCAGCUUUAAAGGGAAGUUGGUUAUUUUGUUGUACUGGGAUUCCUUUUAAAAUACUGUACAGUGUAAAUAUAUUCUCAGAGAAAUUUUAAUUGUGCUAUCUAUGAUGAAUUAUGGACUGUAGAAAAUGUCUAAAUCCACUGUAUGACUGCCUCAGUGAUGUACUUUUUAUAGAAGGCAUAAAAACAAAAGUACAAAAACUAAAAAACGAGUGUGUGUAAUCUGUUUUGCAUUUUUAUAGUUUAAUUUGAUUCGGUGUCUUUUUCCAGGAGGCAUGUGAUCGCUUCUGUCUUCUACAAACUCUUGUGAAGCCACAAAUUUAGCACUGUGUUUGAGGAACAGAUUAAGCAUUUUACACACACACACACACACACACAUACACACACACACAUAGAUACCCUUGACUUUGCAAACAGAAGUGUUUGCUUACAGCCUAAACUCUGACUUUCAGAUCUAGUUAGAACGUAAGCCUAAAAGUGAAUGGCUUUUCCCUGGGGCACGCAUGCGGCGACCAGACCGGCAUUUGUUUACUUUUCAAUCACUCUGUUUGCUUAACAGCCUCUGCCUGCACACUGUGGCUGUGAACAAAGUUAACCUCUGCCCAUCAGAAAGCCAGACAGUAGCAUUGCAACAUGAUACACAGUGCAACUUGUUACACUUUGUAUAUUUUGUCUGUGUAUAUGUUGUCUACUAAACCCACUUUAUUAGACUUUCAGAACUAUGCCUCGGCUGCUCCAUGACUAAUGGGGGGGUCGGAAAGUUAGCUUGACUUUUAAGGUCAAGAGUCCUCGCUGGGAAAAGCUGUUGAUGUGGUUUGCCGAGCUGAGCUCAUUAUAUGAUGUAGGCUAAUGAUGCUUAGUUGCCAACUCGUUAUCUUCCCAUAAAGAACAUGAAUUAACUAGCACAUAAAAAAGUUGCAUAGGUGCCUGUUUUUCAAUGAAUUGAUUAGAUAUAUCAUUAAAGUAAAACAAUGACAGUCAAUAAAAGUACAGUUAUUAUGUACAUGCCAUUUUAAUUUAUAUUUAGCUCUAUGCUCUAGGCAUAUUAUUGCCUGUAUGCCAAUGUAUGGAUAAAGUGUACAAACUUUAAGAAAUACAAUUACAAUAUAAGACUUGAUGACCAUUUCUUUUUUAAAGUAGUGUAAAGCUCAGAGGACGUGAAAAGUUUCAUCUUGUAGUUUGAUGUGUAAAUUUGUUUACUUUGUAAUCACAUUCUCAAACAGGAAGGGUGUUUCUAGCCUCUGUACGCUUCACCUUGUUGAAAACACUGGCCUCCUCAUUCUUUCCCUCUCGGCGCUACGAUCUUCAAAACAGGGUGAUUGCUGCAAAAUGUUUUAUUAGAGAAGAGACAAGAGACCUCGAGCAUGCUCAAUGGGGAAGAAGUCGAGUGGCACUUUUGUCAUGGUAAUCUUAAGCACAUAAUAGCCGGGUUCGCACAAUACCCAGGCACUUCAUUCCGCCGAGGCUUGCUGACACCUCUUCAGAGCUGAGCCACGGGGUAGCAUGUGGGAAAGAUCCACUCACCCCUCACUCCAUCCACACACUCCAUGUGGGCUCUCGCGCUCAGUUAUGACCCCAUGUGAAAAAAGGGGGCCAGCAUGCUACAUAUGAAAUAAUGAGAUUGGGCCUCGGAUGGGCGAUGGGCCGGAACAACUGGAAGCGAGCAGCUAAAAGAGCGUGGGGUGAUGAAUACCAAGAUGGAUUUUCGUGUUAUAGUUUUCAUUAUAGCUCGAGAGUGGCCAAGAACGAUGGAUGGAAAGGGGGUAUGAGGCAACACUCUAAAGUGCUUCAUCACCGAGAUAUACUUCCAGCCUGCGAGGCGCUGGAUAAUCUUACCAUUCCUUGACGCACUCUGGCACAGAGUGAGAGUUGGGCUGUGAUGAAAUCCACCUUGUCUUUAUAACUGCAUUUAGUUGGAUGUGAAAAGUAAAACGGGUUCCUAAAUCAGCACGUUGUGAAGCUUGAUAAAUGCAGCACUUAGAGGAAGAGCCAAUAAUCUGAAUAGACUGCUAUAAAUUGUUUUAUAUUAUAUAAUUUUGCAAAACCUAAUAAAACAAAACUUUACUCAGCUAAGAUGUUUUCAAAAAUAAUAAUGCAACAAUGCAAAAAUACUCUCAAUUAAUUACAAAUGAGAAAAAUAAACUUAUAUGAAAUUGAAACCUAUCUGAAUAUUGUGGUCCCACAUUAUUUACUUAUUUGUAUUUACUGUACUUAUUUCCUAAACCUUUUUUAAAUUGUGCAGCCAAAUUUCAUUCCAGUGUUUCCUCGUAAUACAGUGUUUACUAUAACAAUCGCUUAAUGAUGAACACACCACACAUUAUACCACAGUGCUGUUAAAUGUUGGUUUUGAUUGGUUAGA